UCUCAUGUUUUCAACUCACGCCCAAACACACUCUCUCUUCUUUCCUUCCAAUCUCAACAAGUUUCCUAUACUUAAAUUCAUCUCUCUUUUUCUCUCUCCCAACAAAACAAAAACACACAUUUCACAACAACACACAACCAUGCCUGAAGCACCUAGAGGCUACAACCUUGUUGAACAGAACAAAAAAAUCCUCGACUUCAUUGAGGAUGUUACCUCAAAACCCGACCAUGUCCAAGAACAAGUCCUCUCAGAAAUCCUCUCUCGCAAUGCAAACGUUGAGUAUCUCAAACGGUACAAUCUCAACGGUAACACAAACCGUGAUACCUUCAAAAAACUCUUACCUGUUAUCUCAUACGAAGAUAUUCAACCCGAUAUCGAACGCAUCGCAAAUGGUGACACCUCUCCCAUCCUUUGCUCCAAACCCAUUUCAGAGUUUCUCACAAGUUCUGGUACAUCUGGUGGUGAGAGAAAACUUAUGCCAACAAUUGAAGAGGAGUUAGGAAGGAGAAGUUUGUUGUAUAGUUUAUUGAUGCCAGUGAUGAGUGAGUUUGUUCCUGGAUUAGAAAAAGGGAAAGGAAUGUACCUAAUGUUUAUAAAAUCUGAGGCUACAACACCUGGUGGAAUUGUAGCUAGGCCUGUUUUAACAAGCUACUACAAAAGUUCCUAUUUUAGAGAUAGACCUUAUGACCCUUACACAAACUACACAAGCCCAAAUGAAACUGUGCUCUGUCCUGAUUCAUAUCAAAGCAUGUAUUCUCAACUCCUUUGUGGUCUUUGCCAAAACAAAGAGGUUCUAAGGGUUGGUGCUGUUUUUGCCUCUGGUUUCAUAAGGGCUAUUAGGUUUCUUGAAAAACACUGGACCCUUCUUUCAAAUGAUAUUAGAACAGGGACAGUUAACUCUUUGAUCACUGACAUAACAGUGAGAGAUUCUGUGAUGAAAAUCCUUAAACCUGAUCCUAAGCUUGCUGAUUUUAUUCAAAAUGAGUGUAGUAAGAGUUCUUGGCAGGGGAUUAUUACUAGGUUGUGGCCUAAUACUAAGUAUGUGGAUGUUAUUGUCACAGGAACAAUGUCACAGUAUAUUCCUAUUUUGGAUCAUUAUAGCAAUGGUUUACCACUUGUUUGCACUAUGUAUGCUUCUAGUGAAUGUUACUUUGGUGUCAAUCUUAACCCUCUUUGUAAACCUAGUGAAGUUUCUUAUACACUUAUUCCCACCAUGUGUUACUAUGAGUUUUUGCCUGUUAAUAGAACCAAUGGUGUCACUGGUUCUCUUCACACACCUAGAUCCCUUAACGAGAAAGAACAGAAAGAACUCGUUGAACUUGUUGAUGUCAAACUCGGUCAAGAGUAUGAACUUGUUGUCACUACUUAUGCUGGACUAUACCGUUAUAGAGUUGGUGAUGUGCUGAAGGUAGCUGGAUUCAAGAACAAAGCACCACAGUUCAACUUUGUAUGCAGAAAAAACGUUGUAUUGAGCAUUGAUGCAGACAAAACCGACGAGGUUGAGCUUCAGAAUGCGAUGGCAAAUGCUGUGACACAUUUAGUACCAUUCGGCGCAACGGUGUCGGAAUACACAAGCUAUGCAGACACAACAACAAUUCCAGGACACUAUGUCCUAUACUGGGAACUCACACUGAACAAAUCAACACAAAUUCCACCUUGUGUUUUUGAAGAUUGCUGCUUAACAAUUGAAGAGUCACUAAACAGCGUGUAUCGACAGGGCCGUGUCUCGGACAAAUCGAUCGGCCCGCUCGAGAUAAAGAUCGUCGAACAGGGCACUUUUGAUAAACUAAUGGAUUAUGCCAUUAGUUUAGGUGCUUCAAUUAAUCAGUACAAGACACCAAGGUGUGUCAAGUUUGAACCUGUUGUUGAACUCUUGAACUCAAAGGUAAUGUCAAGUUAUUUUAGUCCCAAAUGUCCAAAAUGGGUUCCUGGUCACAAACAAUGGAUCAAUCAGAAUUGAAAAUUGAAUUAUUAUAAUAAGCUGCAUUAUUAUAUUAAUGUGGUUGGUACUUAGUAGCUUUUCUUAGCAGUUCAUGUGAACUGUUUUUUAAGGCCAUUAUGUUAGGGAGAAGAAGAAGAAGAAAAUUUAAUCACUUUUUUUUUAGGUUAUUUUCCAUGUCUAAACUUCUUUUGUUGUUGUUAGUAACUUGUUGCAUAGUGAACCUAGCCAGUGUAAAAAGCAAUUUCUGUUUGAAAGAAAGCUCUUUUGUCUUUCUUUUUAAUUAUCAUUAUUACUAUUAUCAUUAUAAUUAUCCAGUAAAAUUACAAUUUUUAUUAUUA